AUGCUAAAACCGGGCUGGCUGAGCAGGCACUUCGCUGGCAAGUCCAAGGUAUUAGCAACGAGUGGGCCCCCUAGCAGCCAUACCAGCCUGCGAUCCCCUACACCUCAACGGCAAGCGGACGAGGUAUUCCCAGACGGCGUUAAAGUUCUCGUCGAGCCUCAGGAUGCGUCAGUGGAUAUCUGUUUCGUUCAUGGGUUAACGGGGAACCGCUUGACAACAUGGACCGCGGAUGGACAAGGGGAUCCUUGGCUGAAGACACUACUACCAGAGAAGGUUCCACACGCUCGUAUCUUGACUUAUGGAUACGAUGCAUACAUUACAAAGAGUAUUGGAAAGACAGCCUCCCGGAAUAGGCUGAGCGAUCAUGCUCGGAACCUGCUGGGCGAUCUGACAGCCGAUCGGACAAGCUGCAAUGCCUCGCGACGGCCGCUGAUACUGGCGGCGCAUUGCCUUGGGGGUCUUGUCUGCAAAGAAGCUAUCUUGCUCUCCCAGGACAAUCCUAGCCCUGGGAGCCCGAGGACGGUCAGUAUAGGCAAAUGUACGUUACAACAACAAAGGUUGGACCCGAUUGUUGUGGCCGGCAUGGGACAAGCUGAGGAGUAA